AUGGCAACUCCUGUAUCAAAUAAUGGUGGAUCUUUAAUUUUUACAAUUGUAGGACGGGGAGAUUCACCAAUAUAUGAAGUAGAUCUUACAACUAAUUCAUCUAAAUUAAGUAUACAACCUCAUAUUGAUCAACUACUUAUUCAUACAUCUUUAGAUGCAAUAGAUGAUAAUUUAUGGAUAAAUCCAGCAAUAUUUUUAAGAACUAUAGAAAGGCUUGGUGAUACUCAGAUCUCAGCUUUAGUAACACCAGGACAUGCAAAAUUCUUAUUAUUACAUAAAGGAAGAAGUAAUGAAAGUGUCAAACUUUUUUUUAAUGAAGCAAGAGAUCUAUAUGUUAAGGCUAUAUUAAACCCAUUCCAAGAUGCAAAUCAACCAAUAUUAACACCUUCAUUUGAUGUUAAAAUAAGGCAAGCUGCUAGACGUUUCCUAACAUAA